CGACAGUCCACUUUUUACGAAUAUUUGUAUUAUAGUGAAUAUUUAUAGUAAAUAAGUAGUGAAAGAUAUUUAGAUAGUUUCAGUGAACGUUUAACAUAUGCCUUAUUAAGAUGCUGAUAUUUCCAUAAGGUAAGUACAACUAUAUGAGAGCUUGCAUCAAUCUAAUCCAACCAAAGAAUAAUGGCGAAUUCUCAAAGAUCAUCAUCUCUGAUCGAUCCAAGGAACGGUUUCUGCACAUCAAACUCCACAUUUUACAGUAAACGCAAACCAUUGGCACUUCCUUCAAAAGAAUCACUCGACAUCACAACAUUCAUCUCCUCCCAAACGUACCGUGGCAAAACCGCCUUCAUAGACGCAGCCACGGACCACCGCAUAAGCUUCUCCGAUUUAUGGAUGGCCGUGGAUCGUGUCGCCGACUGUCUCCUCCACGACGUGGGAAUACGGAGAGGUGACGUGGUCCUAGUCCUCUCUCCCAACACCAUCUCCAUCCCCAUUGUCUGCCUCUCCGUGAUGUCUCUUGGCGCUGUCUUAACUACCGCUAAUCCUCUCAACACCGCUAGUGAAAUCUUAAGACAAAUCGCGGAUAGCAAUCCAAAACUCGCCUUCACAACACCGGAACUGGCUCCCAAAAUCGCCAGUUCCGGUAUCUCUAUCGUCCUCGAGCGCGUAGAAGACACUCUACGCGUUCCGAGAGGACUCAAAGUGGUUGGGAAUCUAACUGAAAUGAUGAAGAAAGAACCAAGUGGACAAGCAGUCAGAAACCAAGUUCAUAAAGACGACACGGCGAUGUUGCUUUACUCCUCGGGGACGACGGGACGAAGCAAAGGAGUGAAUUCGUCUCACGGGAACUUAAUAGCACACGUGGCGAGAUACAUCGCGGAGCCAUUCGAGCAGCCACAACAGACCUUCAUUUGCACUGUUCCGUUGUUCCACACUUUUGGUUUACUAAACUUCGUUUUGGCCACCUUAGCGUUAGGUACGACCGUUGUCAUCCUCCCGAGGUUUGACCUCGGAGAGAUGAUGGCGGCUGUCGAGAAAUACAGAGCGACGACUCUGAUUCUCGUGCCGCCAGUUUUAGUAACUAUGAUAAACAAAGCGGAUCAAAUAAUGAAGAAGUACGACGUGAGCUUCUUGAGAACGGUGCGGUGCGGUGGAGCACCUUUGAGCAAGGAAGUUACUCAAGGGUUUAUGAAGAAAUAUCCAACGGUUGAUGUUUAUCAAGGAUACGCAUUGACGGAAUCUAACGGUGCAGGAGCUUCGAUAGAAUCAGUGGAGGAGAGUCGGAGGUACGGUGCGGUGGGGUUGUUGUCAUGUGGUGUAGAAGCGAGGAUUGUGGAUCCGAAUACGGGUCAGGUCAUGGGUUUGAACCAAACGGGCGAACUUUGGCUUAAAGGGCCUUCUAUCGCCAAAGGUUAUUUCAGGAAUGAAGAAGAAAUUAUAACUUCAGAAGGAUGGCUUAAAACAGGAGAUCUAUGCUAUAUAGACAACGAUGGAUUUCUUUUUAUCGUUGAUCGAUUGAAAGAGCUUAUCAAAUACAAAGGUUACCAGGUACCUCCAGCUGAACUAGAGGCUCUCUUACUAAACCAUCCAGAUAUUCUCGAUGCAGCCGUUAUUCCGUAAAGUUUUACUAUCAUUUUUCUUUUCCUUGUUAAGACUUCCAAGAUUUUUGCCUUUUAAACAUAAAAACGACAAGAAGUUUAUUUUGUUUUGUUUGAAUUUUUGAUUUGUUGCAUGGCAAAGGUUUCCAGAUAAAGAAGCAGGACAAUUUCCGAUGGCUUACGUAGCACGAAAGCCUGAGAGUAAUCUUUGUGAGAAAAAGGUUAUCGACUUUAUUUCUAAACAGGUGGCACCAUAUAAGAAAAUAAGAAAAGUCGCAUUUAUAGACUCUAUACCAAAGACUCCAUCGGGCAAAACACUUCGCAAGGAUCUAAUCAAAUUUGCCAUUUCAAAAAUUUAAAAGAAUCACUAUUUUGUCAUUUUUAUUUGUAUGAAUUUCUGACAUAAUAAAAGAGAAGUUAUAUCCGC